AUGACACUAAAAAGCGCUAAGAUAAAGUUAGGGUUCGUAGAAUGGUCGAAAUGGAAGUUGAAAAGACGUAUUGGGCCAAAACGUCGACUAACCAACUGUUAUGAGACCCUAGGUGCUUUGCCAUGGGGAGAACUACACAGGGACGACAGAGACGAAGUAAAAAGAAUGAAGACCGAGUGUCGGACACCCGACGGGACGCACCUACUGUUCAAAGGAUGCCCCAAGGCAGAAUUCCGAAGGAUACUCCAUUACAUUGAUAGUUUAACAUUCAACAGUCAACCAGAUUACGAAUUUAUUAAACUCUUAUUACAACUACCAAUUAAAAAUUACGCGUUAAAUAUGGAUGAACCGUAUGACUGGGAAGACUAG